AUGGAUCGAGAGCAGGAAGAUCUUCAAUUUCUCGACUUCUUCGGCAUCUUCACAGAAUCCUUCAAUCUUGUUUUCUCAUGGAGGAAGAUCUUCAGCAAGAUUACUCUAACCCUAAUCUUGCCGCUUUCCGUCGUCUUUGUAGCUCACAUCCAGGUAACCGAGCUUCUGUUCUUCAAGAUCUUGAAAAACGAAGAUUCUCUCAACUCAAUCCCCAAGAAUUCUCCGAAUUACACGAAGCUUUCCGAUAUGAUCACGUCGGAGUGGAUCUCUUUCUGGCUCUUCAAAGCUGCGUAUUUCACUUUCUUUCUUGUUCUUACUCUCCUUUCCACGGCGGCCGUCGUUUACACCAUCGCUUGUGUUUAUACCGGUAAAGAAAUCACCUUCAGGAAGAUUAUUAGCGUCGUUCCUAAGGUUUGGAGAAGGCUGAUGGUUACGUUCGUAUGGAAUUUUGUUAUCGUUUUGGUUUACAACAUUGCUUUUGGUGUUUUGAUUCUCCUUUGGGCUGCAAUUUUCGGAUUCGGUGGGAUUGGGAUUCUCAUCAUUGCUGGGAUUUCGGUAUCAUAUGUUCUAGGGUUUGUUUACAUAAGCGUAGUGUGGCAUCUAGCAUGCGUUGUCUCGGUUUUGGAGGAUGUUUAUGGGAUUCAAGCAAUGUUGAAGAGCAAGGAACUGAUUAAGGGGAAGCUGGUGCUUUGUUGUGCUGUUUUCUUAACUUUUACUGUGCUGUUUCUAGCGAGUCAAUUGGUUUUUCAGACAGUGGUUGUGCUUGGUAGCUCUAAUCAUUAUGGAUUAAGAAUUGUUCUUGGAGUUCUUUGUUUCUUGUUGCUGUUCAAGGUGUUCCUCUUUGGGCUUGUUGCUCAAACAAUCAUCUACUUCGUCUGCAAAUCAUAUCACCAUCAAAAUAUUGACAAGUCCUCAUUGUCUGAUCAUCUGGAAGUGUAUCUUGGGGAUUAUGUUCCACUAACAGCCCAAGAUGUUCAAUUAGGGGAGUUCUAA